AUGAAGGCGUCGAGUGAAGAAAAACAAGUUCGUGGGGACAUCGCCGACGAGGCAACAUGUGCACCACUCUUGCUCCAGCCACCAAAUGAUGACCCCGCGCUCAUGAUUCCCAAGUCCUGUGCCGCCGAGGACGCAGAUAUAGACAGGGAGGAGCACGAGCGAAACAGGGCGCAGGCAGUGGAGGAUGAGAAGGCCGAGGAACGAGAGGGAAAUGCUUCCUCCAUUGUUGGAUAUCAUGUCAAGAUGCGGGGUCCUUAUCCAGCCCUGGCGCUCACAGAUGAAGCUACGAAGACGCUCGUCAGGGGGGUGGCAUAUGAGAUCAAGGGCAGCAAAGAGAAGGACCGGUUAGCAGCCUAUGAGACAGGCAAUUACAGAGAACAUAAGUGUCUCGUCUGUGUGGACGGAGGUGAGCAAAAGGUCUUUGGGACCACUUUCGUAUGGGCAGGAGACGACGCACUCUUGAAGGACGGGUCGUUCGAUCUCAGGGACUGGCAACAAAUGUACUCGAUAUAG